CUGACGGCGCUCUCGCGGCCAGUUGGGGCCUUGGAGAGGACGACGAAGAUGCCGCCAUUGUUGAGUUGGAGCAAAGUUUUGCGUUGAAUUAUUGGCAUACCACUGACGAAACCAAACGGCAAAAAGACAAAAAUAAAGAUAAAGAAAUGGAAAUGGAAAAAACAAAAGAACUGGGAAAAAAUAAAGAAAUAGAACUGGAAACUCACAACAGCGUUAGCGUUUCCCAGCGUUCAAAUCUGGUGAUGGAAACAUCGGCAUUCGAUCGAUUCUACCCAAAUGAAACGUCAUCGGUCUUCUCACACUUCAGCGGCAUUGAAUGUUUUAAAAUGCCACAAAUACCAGUGGGCAAACGUUCCUUCGAAUGCAGUGUUGUCUCUAUUGUUACGCCGACAAUUGUACAAAUUCUACCACAUCUCACCGAAUUCGAAUAUCGCGAACUGGAACUGCAGAGACGCAUCAAACAUUUGGUGAAGUCCGCACCAAUGCUCACCGAAUACGAACCGCGCACCAUUUGCCUAUCACAAUACCAGAAGGACAAGAAAUGGUAUCGCGCACUAAUACGCUCCCACAAUCCCGUCGCCAAGCAAGUGGAUGUGCUGUUCGUUGAUUACUUGAACACGGCAUCGGUGUCGAUUACACAACUCAAACAAUGUCCGCUCGAAUUAAUCAGUUGGCCAUUGCGCACAAUACGCGCCCGCCUCCACGGUCUGGUACCGAAUCCGCGCCUGCGUGAAAAAGACAUACGUCAAGCCCUGCAGAAUAUUGUACUCAAGCGCACAUUGGUCGCGCGCAUUGUCAAAGAGCCGAAGCGCCUUGACAACUCGACAGCUAUAAGUGCCAUGACUGGUUCGGGCCCCUAUCAGCACAACGUGGAUGACAUCAUGGAGGUGCAUUUGUACGAUCCCGACAUUUAUGCACGUAAACAGAGGGACGCUCGCAUCUAUCAACCACUUAUACAGGAUAGUUUCUAUUCUUAUAAAAAAGUUUAGAAAAAUAUAUGCAAAAUUGAAUUGCAGACUUAAUUACAUUUUACCCUACUAUGGGUAUGGGGCAUAAAGAUACCCGUAUAUUGACGUUUAUAAAUGAAUUCGCUUAUUAUUUCAUUAUUUUAUACUAUAAAUUUCAUGAUUUUCUUUAUUAUUCAUAAUGUUCGGUUUGUUGCACGGGAAAUGAAAGGUGUGAAUUAUUAAACAUUCCCAAAAUAUUUGUUAUAUUUUAUUCUCUCUGAAUAUGAGGCACAUUUGCAUUUUUCAUUAUACAUUUAUUUUUAUUGAUACAGAAAUAAAAAAAGUUUGAAUAUUUGACAUAAUAUAUAUAU